GUGGAAAAGGAGGUCGUUAAGGAGGUACCCGUGGAGACAAUCCGCGAGGUCGAGAAGGAGGUGGUCAGAGAAGUCCCGGUGGAGAAGAUCGUUGAGGUGGAAAAAGAGGUCAUCAGAGAAGUUCCCGUGGAGAAGAUUGUCGAGGUAGAGGUGGUCCGCGAGGUCGAGAAGGAGGUGGUCAGGGAAGUCCCCGUGGAAAAGAUCGUUGAGGUGGAGGUGGUGCGGGAGGUGAUAAAGGAGGUUCCGGUUGAGACGAUCGUCGAAAAGAUCGUCGAACUCGAGAAGGAGGCGACCGUGACAGAGGAGGCCAAGCCUCAGACGCCUUCAGACCUCAUCACCCAGGCCCUCUCGGAAAUCAUGGAAGACCUUCGAGAAGAGGUGCAAGCCCAGUACCUUCGCGAGAAGUUGGCCAAAAACCAGGUCGACAGCAAAGUUGCAAUCCAGCAGAUGGCCAUGCGAGUCCUUGCAGACUGGACCGGGAGCAUCGCCGAGACUGAGGCUACGUUGACGGAGCGCCCCGCCGACUGGAUUGUCUCGGCCAUGGGCGAGGAGUUUGACAAGCAGACUGCCAAGGAGGAGUUGGAGGAAUUGGAGACCUUCUGA